AUGCUCGCUCGCUCUGUGCCUGCUCGAGGGAUCUCGCACAGCGUCCCCUCCCCGUCGACCCUCCCCACCUCGACCAUGCUCCGCCGCACCUCGCCCACACCCGCAGCAGCAGCCUGGCAGCUCCUGCACCGACGCACCUACUCGCCCGCACCGACUGCCCCCGCCUUCGACCCGCGCCAACCCCUCGCCGCCGCCGUCGGCCCCUCCCCUCUCUCGACACCUCCUCCACCGCCGCCAGGCCCGCCUCAGCAGCCCAAGGCCAGGAGCGCGACGAGCGAGUUCUACCGCAACCUCGUCCCGGCCAUGCUGCACUGCCUCGCACUCGGCUCGAUCGUCUACUACGCCCUCGAGCUCACCUACAUGGUCCUCUCGCGCGACAAGCAGGGCGACGAGCUGCGCGCCAAGGUCGAGCGGUUGGAGGCGCAGCUCGCAGAGGCGAGGGUGGGCAAGGUCGAGGCGCAGGGAGGAACACCGGCGCCGCGGCGCAGCUGGUGGAAGCUGUGGUGA